AUGGCAGCUGCAGCACCAUCACCCCUGGCCAGCUCUGAAGAGAAGACAAAUGGAGCCAAGCUAAGCAGGCUUCUUAUCGAUGGUGGAACAACAGUUCUAAGAAUUGUUUUCAAUCAUCAUCAUCCUUCAGCUAAUUUAGCUGCUGAUCUCAAUGCCAAUUAUUCCACUCUCAACAACCUCUUGCGGCGAAGAGUUCUAAAUGGUCAUCAGUGGGACAAACUUUUCCCCCCUGGAGGAACCAUGCCAGACUCCAACACGUUUGACAUCACUCUUUUAUUUCUUCUUCUGACUAACAUUUGUGGAUUGUUCCCUCCCCCCACAGGAUGGCACACUAAACCAUCUCCUAGUGACAACUCCCACGAGGCGAACCUUGCUCGUGUCAAAUAUUUCCGUAACGUUUUGUACGGUCAUGUAACCAGCACUGGUGUUGACACUCACUCCUUCUCUGUUCUGUGGCAGGAAAUCAGUACUGUUCUUGUAGCUCUUGGGUUGCAGCAAUCCGAAAUUGACAGACUGAAGGCAGAGCGAGGUGAAGAGGAAAAUUAUCUUGACGCGUUACGCGACUGGGCUGUCAGUGAAGAGGACAUCAAAACACAGCUAAGGAACAUAUGUCUAACUCAGAAAGAAAUGAAAGAAACUCUCUUGGAGACUCGUGAAACAUUCCAGGAAAGCAAAACCAAGCUGGAAGAUGUACAUCAAGUCGUUACAGAAAUUCGUCAGUCGCAACUCAAGUCCAACAGUGAGGAAGUAAGCUUGAAAAAGCUUGCUAAGGUAGGCACGCAAAACAGCAUCAGAUAUUACUCAGAAAGGUAUUUAGAGGGAACUCGUGAGUCGAUCUUUGUCAAAGUUGAAAGUUGGUUGAACGACAAAAACUCUCCCAAUCGUGUGGUCGUGAUCGGUGCAAAUGCAGGAAUGGGAAAAUCUGUGAUUGCCGGUGAGAUUUGUAAGAGAAUGCAAUUCGAUGGAAAGUUAUUGGGAAGCCAUUUUUGCCAACAUGACAAAGCACUCCACAGGAACCCUAAGGUGAUGUUACAGUCCUUAGCCUGUCAUCUGUCGCAUUCUCUUCCAGAAUAUAGGAAAGCUCUUGUGGAACGGCUGUCUAGAAAUCUGGGUAUGGACAUCAAUGAAAUGGAAGUGGGGGAUUUGUGUGAGCUGCUGUUUGAAGAACCACUGAGCAAAACAGCGGAUCCUGGUUUUACUGGACUUGUUGUAAUUGAUGCCCUAGACGAAAGUGAUUACCAAGGACGAGACGAAUUAAUUGACGUCAUUGCCAAUUACUUUAGCAAACUUCCUCGGUGGAUCCGUUUCCUUAUUACAACACGACCAGAAAUAAACAUUUCGGAUAGACUUAAAUGUCUGCGCCCCCUGAUGCUGGAAACACGAGACGAAGAGAACUUGAAAGACAUACACCGUUUCUUAAAAGACCAGCUGAGUCCUCUGCCACAAGUUGAGGACGAAGAAAUUAUUUUGAAAGAACUGGUUGAAAUGUCAGGAGGUGUCUUUUUAUGUGCUUAUUUUCUGGUAGAUUUCAUAAGGGAGAAGUUUUCAACUGUCACAGUGAAAGACCUCUACGUCACCGUACCCUCCGGUAUUUCGUCUGUUUAUCAGUCUUACUUCAAGCGUCUGGAGACACAACUCUCUAGGGAACUAAACGUUGCUGAGGAUCAGUUUCUGAGUCUCUUAAGUGCGAUUGCUUUUGCAAGAGAACCACUGCCACUUGGUUUUAUCCCUAAAGUACUGUUUCCUGGCACUUUAUCCUCAGCCGUUCAACGUAAAGAGUACAAAGCUAUUUCUUGUUUAUCAUCACUUCUACCUAUUCAAGAUGACUGUGUUCGUUUCUUUCAUAAGUCAAUUAAGGACUGGUUGGCUGACAAGUCACGCUACGGGCGGCACAAUUUUUGUGUAGAUGAAAAUGAAGGUCAUCGCACCCUUGCUAAUCUUUGCAUUGGGGAACUGAAUGAGGUUAAGAGAAAGGGUGUUGAUAAUUCAGAGCAGUUCACGGCCACUAUAAAUUAUGCUCUACAACAUGCUGUUCAACACCUGAUAGCGUUGGAUGAGAAUGUGAGACCGUGCAGCCUUGAGGAAAUUGCUAAAAAUUAUGUUCUUGAUGUAGAGCUUGUGUAUGCAAAGCUCUGUGUGGACAGUACUUUAGCCAUUGAAGACAUCCUUUGUGUCAUGAAGCAAGACGGAUGGAAAGGAUUGGAGACCCUUCGAACGUUUAUGUUUCUUUUAAGGAGGCAUAACAGGGAGCUGAGAGAACUCCCCCACGUUAUCUUUCAGAUACUGAUGAAUGAAGGAGGACAAGAGCUGUCUCUUCAAGCAUCCCGGCUUUUAGAGACCAAAUAUUCUGAUGUACCCUACAUGGAAUACUUGGACAAAGACGAUCUGCAAAGAGUUGUUGAUAGUCGAUUUUAUUGCGGAUCUGAAGUUGCGUGCUUUGAUGUUUCGCCUCGAUCAGACUACAUGGUUUGUGAAUGUCGCGAUGGGACGAUUCAGCUGUGGUCACUUCAUACUGGCAACCAGAUGUGGGCACGUAACGUCAUUAAAGAGAAAGAAUACUCACGUAUUUUUUUUGCUGCGUUUAGAAUAUAUGAACCCCGUCCUUUCUCUUGUACCAUGCAUUUGUCUUGUUUUCGCUCUGUUGUUUUUCAUCCUGUAAUCGAUGUUAUCUUACCAGGGGUCCUUAGCCAUGCCUUUAAUUUCAAGGGACAUCUCAACAGUCUUUUUCCUCUAAGCCAUUGCAGAUUCUCUGUUUGUUCAAUAUCUGGCGACACGAUCGUUACAGACUGUCCAAAUGAUUGGAAAUGCCUCAUCUUGUGGAGUCUAGAAAAUGGCAAAGAGAUAACUCGUACCAAAAGAGAUGAAGAUGUUUUGUCCUUUGCGAGGUCUCGAGAUGGAAGGCUUUUAGCAGUUUCUCAUUCAACGGGUUCGAUUUGCGUGCUUGAUUUAAUGAAUGGCUUUCAAAUACUAGAGGAAACGUCAACUUCAAAAGCAUGUGGACUGGUAAAGUUCUUCCCUGACCAUCGUUCCCUUCUCUGUUGGCACUUUCCAGUGGACAGGUUAAACCACCAGGUUUAUUAUGUGAGCGUUAAUGUCAAGACGCACGAGAAGUUUUCGCUAGACGCUUCUUGUAAGGAUUUUUCCUAUAAUCCUUGGAAAUAUAAGUCGGAUGUCGAGGGUGGAUUUUUGUUUGGAGAUCCACACAGCUGUGUAAUUGAAAGGUCAACUGGUUGUUUGCGCACCUCGGAUCAUUCAUUCGCGUUUGUCCUUAAUGAACAAUCCGAUUUAGGCAACACCCUUUGUGGUGAUUCUGUGGGAGUGUUGGCUGUCGAUGAUCUGACUCGAGGUAGAGGUGAUGGAAAGACUAAAAAAGACAGUCUUGUGUUCUCUUUUAAUGGCGACAUAGUUUAUGUCGUGAGCAAUGAGGUUCAAGAUCAAGCACAGAUUACAGCUUGGGGUGUCCCCAGUGGCGAGUUCAAGGCCCAGAGAAACAUUUCCAGUUACUGCUGUCUUGCAUCUGUUAAAGAAGGUGUUCUGAUUACAAAUAACGGCAGUAUUGAGCUGUGGGAUUUUGAGCUUUACAAGUGCAUACGGCGUUGGACUGGUAUGGAGGGAAUCUCGACAUUGACAGCAAUUUCAGACAAACACGUAGAGUGUUAUGGGUGGAAACGAACUGAAGUAAUAAUACUUGAUACUUCACGUGAAGACCAGGUAACAACAAUUCAACGUUGCGAUGCAUACGGGGAAUUUGUCAGAUGUAAUAGUAGAGGUCAGGUCAUUAGAAGUGACAAGUAUGUUAUGCGCUCUGUUGACACUUUCUUCUGGGAUUCGGAAGAAGCAUUUCCUCCGCCGAAUUUAAAAGCACUCCCUUACGUUCUGGCCGGAACGUUUUCUCCUAACGAAAAGUUCAUUGUAACUUCCAGUGCAUUUGACGCUGAAAAUCAAGCCGUCUACAUUCUCGAUGCAGUGUCAGGCAAGACGCAUGAUACACUAUGCACAGCAAAGCGAGUUUACGCCUGUAAAUUCGUAAGUGAUGAGGAAUGUGUUUUGUACACUAAUGGGGAAUCAACUGGUUUCUGUCUUCAACUGUUUAAUGUCAGCUCAGGACACCUAUUAAGUUUAAUUGACAUUGACAUGGACAAUCGACUGAAUAGUUUGGCAAGUCACUCUGGAAAGGGUCUUCUCGCCGUUAGCUUACAAAACUCCAGGUUCAAAUUUAGAAUUAUCAAAGUCAAGCUUCCUGGAGAGCAGGAAAACAAAGGAAAGAGCAGAAGGUCAGUGCUGAUUUAA